GACUUGAACAUGUUUUAAACCUCUGCAUAAUGGGGAGGAUAUCUCCAGCCGUGCCCAAAAUGAAGAUAACAACGCAUAGUGUAAUUGCUCAUCGUCUUAAAAUAGUGUUAUAUUUAAUCAACUCUUUUAUUUAAUCAACUCUUUGUUGCAUGUGAGGUUACAUAAUAUACAAUUUGACAUAAUUAUAAUAGCCUACCAUUUAACCUAAAAUUGAUAGUUGCUCAGUUCAGAGUUGGUCAGACGUUUGUAAAAUGUUUUGGUGAACACAGGCCAACAUCCUGGCACCCACGGACCGUUGAGCAACUACUUUUUCUAACUACUGUACAAGCAAAAUGACAUUACUUCACAGCUUAGAGUUAGACAUGGGUUUGUCCUGUCUUUAAUUAUGAUCUCAUGUCGACUGCUUUCCUGAUACUUUUCAUCACGAGCUUCGUCUCCAGGCCAUGUUGGCGUAUUCAUCAUUGCACAAUUAUGGAGAAUUAAAAAAGGUUUUCCUCAAACUUUCUCUGAGUACAACUGCAUAUGGGAGGAGGGAAGCGUGGGGGCGUGGAUUUGUGUCCGUGACUGACAGGCUCGGUCAUCCAAUCGGAUCUCUGAGCGCCUGUGCUUCUCUCCCCUCUGGUGCUGGACGGGGGAGGGAGGGCCGUCUGCCAAAGGGGAGUGCGCGUUGGGGUGAAUGGAUGACGUCGGGAGGCUGGCGCCAGCAUGUCUGGGACUGGCGCGUUAGAUCAACACAGCUGGGCUGGGAUAGGACACACAGCUGGCUCAGGCCUGCAUUCCUCUACAAAACAGGAUUGUGAGAAAAGGGGAAAAUAAGACCCAAAUAGGAGCAGAACGGGACGUGCUUUGAUGUAAACUAAAACGGAGCAACAUUUGGAGUUGUUAAAAUAUAAUUUUCAUAAAGCUGUUUCUCCUUAAAAGAGGGUUUGAUUUUAGCAGUUUUUUAAGUGACUGCACGGAUUAAGCACACCUUAAUAUUCUUUGUUGAAUUCUUGAAUUCUUUGGUUAAAUUAUUGUUCAUCAUUGAGGCAUAUGGGCUAUAAGAGACGGACUUUAAACUAUCAAAACAUAAAUAAUCAGUCAAUAAAUCCACAUCCAAUGACCAAUCAUCACAAUAAGCUGUUCUUAGCAAUUUACUAAUGUAGAAAAGAACCUGGCCUUCCUCUGACCUUUUACCUAUAUUAUAUAAAAAUCCUAUUUUCAACAUUUUUAUUUGUGGAUGCACUUAGUGAGUCCUAAAGCAAGCACACACAUUGCUUAAACACCUAUUGUACAAGAGACUAUCAUAAUAACUGUCUAUAUAGUUUUGAUUAAGUGUUUUCAGUGUCUUGACAGACAUGCAGUCAAACUUCAUGAAGGAUUUACAGCAAAACUAUGAUGCAUGAUUAUCCAACAUUCAAGUAUCUUUAUUUGAGGAGACGUGUAUUCGUCUGUAAUUAUAGCUUUUAAUAAAAGUGAGACAGAAACUGUGGUAAAAUCUAGAAUUAAAACGUCCAUCUUUCCUUGCAGUUGCUUCUAUAGUUCAGUUGGCUUGUUGUAAACUAAAAGUAUUCCUCUUUUUACUGGAGAUUCUUCAAAACGUGUAACGUGCCCCACUUUGAGAACUUCUUUCUGUCUAUUUCAAACAAAUAGCACCACCUGGAAGAGGCGACUAAUUGAUUGACAAUCCCCUCUAGGCAUCCCAGCCCUAAUUUCCUCAUUCUUUCCAGCCCUUCCACAAGGUGAUAUCAGCCAAUGAGAAUUGGCUUGCUGCUUUCAAGGGCCAAUCAGAGCACGAUGCGAGAAAGGGGCGGUCAGCAAGCGCCUAGUGUAUAAAGACCUAAGCGUACGUCGCUGUCAGAGCACUGUAACGUUUCAGGACAGCCAUAAAAGAAGACCCCAAUAGGAGGAAAACCUUCAAAAACUCACACUUAAUCGUCAAGCCGAGUCUUGUUGUUGUUGUUUCUGUAUUCAUCAUGAAAGCCAUCAGUCCCGUCCGCUCGGUGAGGAGCUGCUACAAGGCCGUGUGCUGCAUUUCGGAGCAGAGUCUCGCCAUCAACCGGAAUAAACACUCGUGUCUGGAGGAGCCGGUGGGCGCCCUGUGCGACAUGAACGACUGCUACUCCAAGCUGAAGGAGCUGGUGCCGAGCAUCCCGCAGAACAAGUCGGUCAGCCAGGUGGAGAUCCUGCAACACGUCAUCGACUACAUCUUCGACCUGCAGAUCGCGCUGGAGGCGGAGGACACAGCCACGCCGGAGAUGGUUUUGUCGAUAAAGACUGCGGACCUUGCACGCAAAUUCUCCAAAGAAGAAGGGCGGUUGUGCCAUUAAGAAGAAGGCAGAUCGUGGUGCAGGGAAACACAUGUCUCCACUUCACUCCGGGCAAGAGGACAAGAGGGGCAGAAAGGGUGGGAUAGGUAUUUGGGGGAGAAGGAGGAGGGUUUAAAGAAGAAAAGACAGACAAAGUGGACUGUUUCCUAGAUGAGUGGGGAUCAACAGUGGUGCAUGAGCAUGAAAACAGAGACUCAUUCUUUGGCCCCUGGACAGACAAAUCAACACACCAAAGCAGAAGCCAGGAUUGGAAAUUGAAAGCAACCGGCUUUGUACACCCUCCUCCAAAAAAAACCUGGGAUCCCCUAUCGGUAGAAGUAGAAACAUUGGUACAUUGUUUUAUUUUCCUUUUUUUGUGUGUUGCAUUCCAAACCUACUUUGUGGGUUAAACUCCACACCCAACCAGAACCCUCUCUACACCAAGUCUCACAUCAUCUCACAUAAUUAUCCCUGUAUAGUUUCCCCCCAUCUAAUCUGAGUUCUAAUGAUCUGGAGACUGUUGCAACUUUUUACGAAUGUGUACAUAUCUGCUGUGGGUAUGUAAGGUGUGAGUCAAUUUGGAUGUUGGUGUUUCUUCUGAAUGGGAGUUUGGGUUUUAUUAGGUAUAAUCAGAACUCUAUACUAGAGUUAAUUGUGAAUGUUUGUAGGGAUUGUGUUAUUUCUACAGACAAUGCGCUGUGAGUUUCAUAAACUCUUAAUUAUAAUGUUUGCUUUGUAUGUAUGUUCUUAUGUAAUGAAAUAAAAAAAAAAAAAAAAAAAA